AUGCUCGGAAGGAUUGCGUUGUUCUUAACUAUAAUUUAUGUGGUGUUUAAAGCAAUGUUUUUGCGUUGGGUUAUUGAAAAGCCCCCCUUUAAAUUCGAUGACGAUGAGGAGCACUUUAAUGCUACGUUAGCGAAACUACUAAAGCCUCGAUCUGUGGGCAGCAAAGGGCAUGCCGAGGUUCAAGAUUUCAUCGAGACGGAACUGAAGCGUUUGGAUUUCAUCACAUUAAAGAAUGACUUCCAACAAGGAGUCAAUAUUACCAAUUUGGUAGGCUUUUGGAAUAUGAGGGCUAAGUUUUAUCUGAUGCUAACCUGUCACUACGACAGCAAAAAGCCAGAAAAUGUGACCACCGAUGAGUUCCUUGCAGCCGCAGAAGGCGCUGUAUCGUGUGCCAUUCUUCUUAACGUGGCCAAAACAUUGAGACAAUUUUUAAUAGAUAGGUGGUCUGAAAAAAAGUCCGUGGGACUGGCUUUUAUCUUCUUCGACGGGCACAAUUCCUUAAGCUCAGAUCCUUAUGACGAAAAUGAACUUUUGGGCGCAACACACUUUAUAGAUGAAGAAUUUAUACCUUUGCGCGACAUGGCUGUUGCAGUAACUCUCAGCUAUAUUGGCGCGCCAAAUCAAACCUUUUUGAGCUUCUUUGAAGUUACCAAUGAUUUGCACAACCUGAUUGCUGACAUCGAACAGGAUCUCAGAAAAUCCGGAGAACUCGACGACUGUCAUGUGUUAUUCCAAAAGAAAACACAUUACGACAAAGAUCUGCUUGACGAUCAUAUUGUAUUCGACGAACAAGAUGUGCCAGUCAUUCAUGUGAGUCCACAUGAAUUUCCAAAUGUUCUUUAUACGCCAGCGGACAAUGUCGAGAAUCUACACUAUCCUACCAUUCGCAAUAUGAUCAAAAUUAUUCGCUGUUUUGUGCAUGAUUUCUAUGAAAAGUGGCAAUACUUUAUGAAAUGGCGACAAGCUUUUGCAAUAAAUUAUGAUUUUUAUGAUGACUAA